AUGGAAGAUGGCAGUCAAGGAUCUCGAAGAAGUCGCAUAUCUUCAACCACAACUCGCAUGCCACUUUACCAUGAUUUCGCGACCAAUUGUUCAAGUAGCAAUACGAGAACAGAUAUGGCAACGCUUACUAUCUCGUCGCAGAGUACGAAUAGUUCGAGUGCGCAUUUGCCUUUGGGGUCAGGAAGAACGAGUGCGCAAUCGGGUGGUGCGGCUUUUUUACAAGAGAGGUUGAGAGAGAGGAAGGGUAGGGAUAGAAGAUUGAGUGGGGACUUUAGUGGGAGUGGCAUUAUGGCUAGGGAAGUCCAGAGUUCGCCGAUUCAUAGGAGUAGUGGUGGGAGUGGGGUUAUGCGGGAGAGGGAAGAGAGAAGACCAAGUUCGAGUGGAGUGGGUCAGCCGCUGGGGAAGAAGGCGAUGGGGGUUAAGCAAAUGGAAGAGACAGUCUCAACCUUACAUAAACAGAAUUUCGAUCUCAAACUGGAGCUUUUUCAUCGUCGACAGAGGCAGGAAAUACUGGAAUCGGAAGCGGAACAGUUGAAGAAACAGGUCAAACAGCAGGCAGAGGUCCAAGAAAUCAAUGACGCGUUACUCAAGGAGCUGGAGAAACGAGACCAGGCAGUUGAACAAGCUGUUGGUCUCAUUUGCGAAUUAGAAGCCAAAGUUGAGAGGUUACUACAGGAGCGAGAAGACGUAAGAAAUUACGAGAUACAGUAUGGAAAUGACUUCUACGAUCACAACAGCGCGGAUGAAAUGCCAAGCUCGCCCCCAAUCUUUGACAGAGACACUUCAAGGACUCCUAGAGCCGGGGAUACUACGGUAGGAAUCGCCAGGAUGCCCUCUUUUUUAUCUGAGAAGAGCGAAGGGGUAGAAGCUUUGAGGAGUUUGUAUCUUCCUAGCAGUAAUAGUUUUAGCGACAUUGCUCUUCCGAAGUUGCCAGAAGAAGGUAGUGAAAGUGGAAUGGCCAGUCCUUCGUUAAGUGUUCUGAGUGAGAGUUCAUUCUUGAGUAUCUACGGACAGAAGUCGCCGCAUGCAGUGAAUGAAGAAGAUUACGACUCUCCGUCUCCAAAACAGCAUCGUCGAACGAGCUCUUCGGUGGAAAAGUGGAUUGACGAACGUCCAGCUUCAACUAUGCCUAUGAGAGUACCCUCGCCUUCAUCUCAAACUGGUGGUCAAAGAAGUCGAUUCUUGUCAAUGAACUAUGUUGCUGCCUCUCCGUUACAACGUCUUGAAAAACUUAGGAGUAAUCUGGAGAAGCAAUACAAUAAUAGCACAAGUAUGCGACUGAAGAUUCGAUCUGACAAACGAAACAGUGUCCAGGAAAGACAACAAUUUCAAGAGGAUAAUAGUCAGCUCAUGACCGAUGGGAAUAGUUAUGAAGCAACCCAGAAGUUACCACCCACACCGGAUACUAUUAGCACCGGCACUUUGAGAAGUCACAAGGAGUCUGACGAAACUCUGAAUCAAAGACAUCAAGUAAAUGAAGAUGAGGUAACAUUUCUUCAUAGUACAUCAACGUUCUCGGUACCUCCUGCUACUUACAAUCCAUACCAAUCGACUACAUCCAUGCGACCACGUAGUGCUGGAGAAACCGUAACAAGUCGGCGCGAAGGUCAUGGCUGGGAUACAGAAACACUGGAAACAGAUGAAAUAGAUACUUUCACCAAUUAUAGCACCGAUAGUGUCGCUGAAAGUUCCAAGAUGCAUCCUCCAACUCGCGAGCCUCGGGGAGGAAAUCAAACACCGGAAUUCUUUUCAUUCAAUACCACGUCUCGCGAACGCGAUACUAUGAGAGCUUGGGGUGGUGAUGGUAUAUAUAAUGAUCAUCCCGCAACACGUGUUCCAACUGGUGCAAAUUCCCGUUCUCGUGAUUCAAAUAACACAGCGCAACGUUACGAAAUGCUACGAACGGUAUCGCAAGCCGAGUCUCACCCUAGGAGCGAUGAUACUCUUAUAACCGGUCAUUCGGAUCGCAGGUCACAAUCUAGAAUUGAGGAGCAUCGAGAGAGACGUGCUAGGGAACUGGAAAGAUCUUCCACGCCUUUAGAUGAAAAGACAACCAAACCACCUGCUCCGGAUCGAAGAUCUUCACUCGCGGCUGCUACGUCCAAGUUGAGGAAGCACGCCCCAUGUUCUGUCAACACAAGUCAUGAUUCCCACACCAAGAUGCCGCUUGCUCCUGUGUCUAUGAGUAUCCCGAAUACGCCUUCCAAAGAAUCUUCCAAGGAGAAAGAAGGAGGCAAAGAAAAGGAUUUCAGGCGACUACUUCCUACGAGACUCUUCUUUGGAAGAUCAGAUACUGCGCCAGUUGUUAAUACUUCACAAUCGACUUCAAGAUCGAGUUCUAGUUCCAACUCUAAUCUCGACCGUAGGACGAAAUACCAGACUAUGCCUGCUUCGAGACAUGGAUAUAGAUAUAGUAGUCGAUCAGCAUUGGGUGAUUAUCAACUGGAUGGUAGUGGGGAGAGUGGUAACAGAGUUAGCAAAAGUACGUAUCAUGAAGAAGGUGAAGUUGAGCUUGAGAAAGAGAGAAGUGCUACUCCGCCGCCUAUUUCGAGAAUUAGAACUCAUUCAGCGCAACUUCAACAAGAGCUGGUGGGUAGACCAAGGAGUUCGUGUGCAGUUGUGAGGGAGAGGGGUGAAUUCGGAGAAGACGGUGCGAAUGAUGGAGAUGAAGUAUCGAGAGAGAUUAUCUCCGGUGCGGGUGAUGAGAGGAAGGGGUUUGGAUCGGGUAUUGGUAAAGAGAGACGUGAGAAAUGCCACGUGAAUAUGGCCGAAGAGAGUAACAAGGAAAAUGACGCAACCAAAGAAAAAGACAACAAUAGUGGUGCGGCAACAGGCCAUGGAAGGAAAUGGUUUGGUCUUUCGCACAAACCAGUUCUCGGAAGAUCGGCAAGCGUUUCAAAGGGACGUUAG